AUGAGCGUCUCUCCGCACCCUCCUGGCGGGAACGGGCGGGCAGCGGUGCUGUCGCCGCUGCCGUCUACCACUGCAGCAGCAGCCGCGGCAAACGACGUCAGUGCCGUUAGUGUGCAGUCGGAUGCGCACCACUGCUUCGUCACCAGCCAGCGCCUACGGGACAUAGAGGCUCCGUUGAUGGAGCACCUUGCCCUGAAGCGAUACGCGCACUCUUCUGCCGGCGUCGGGGCUACAAUGGCCAAGUCGCAGCGUGCGCCCCGCCAUACCGCUGUGCCGGCGCCGUCGUCAGGAAUGCAGCAGCGCGGCGCCGACCCCGCCGCCCCACUGAGGAAGGUGCGUGUGCCCUGUGCCAUUCAACGACUGCUUGACAUGCACACCAGCCUGGCGCUGAGUUCUGGUGUGUCACCUCUUGCGACGCAGCAGCACAAAAUCUUGCCACACCCCCCUGCGGCGACCAUCCUGUCCGCCACACCUGACUGCGCCGUGCAUGAGCGAGUCGGUCUUCUCUACCACCCUCUUGCUGCUGCGCGCACGGCGUACGCGGAGACAGAGGUGCGGCCGUCCUCCAUUGGUGCCGGUGCGGCCACGGUUGCCGAUGCAACAGCCGUCGCGCCUUUCGCCAUGGCUGCCACUGCCGCUGAGAACAAGACGUACUUCGCGCUCGCUGACUUCGACGCUGCUGACGAGGACCCGCGCACGCCGGCGGAGUGGCUGGCCAUGGGUAGUAACGACGAAGGUGGUACGCCCGCUACAUCGCGCUUCUUCAAGACCACCGGUCCGGGCGGUGGCACGGUGGUGUGGCGAACGUGCCGUGUGAGGGAGUACGAUGAGGCCAGGCAGCUCUUCUACGUGCAGUGGACUGACGGCACGGGUCGAUGGACGCGCCGGCUGAACAUCCGUUUCGACGCCGAGGACGUGGGGCGGUGGGAGGCACGAGUGCGCCGGGCUGACGACUACCGUAGCGACACAGAGGCCGCCAUGCGUGAGGCGCUCUACAUCGAUUCGAUCCCGAACGCGUGCGUUACGGCGAUGGAGGAGGCACAGAUGGAGCAGGUGCUGCGCAAUGUGGCGACGCGAUUCCCCGUGGCCCAGCUGCACACCAUCCAGCAGCGGACCGAGGAGGCGGAGGCCACGUACUACCGAGCCAUGAAGCUGGCGGUGCAUACAUACAUGAUGCGCGGCGCCGCAGAGCAGGAGCGGCUGCAGAUUGCCAACUUGCCGCGCGCCGGCGCCCCGGCCCAGCCCUCGCUGCGCGACCUGCGCGGCACCCUCGAUACGCCGUCGCCAAACUUCCUCGCCGCCCGCGCGUAUCUGGCGGAGAACUGCUUCCAGGUGCACGCGCUCAUCCAGGACACGCUGCACUCGCUGCACACGCUGUGGUUCAGCUACACCCCCAAGCUACUUUCCGUGUCGCACUACCCGGGCUCGGCACUGCCGCUGCGACUGCCCUUCUUUGUCUCCACGCAGGAGGAGCACGGCGUCGCAGUGGGUGAGCGGCUCAAGGGCGAGUGGACGUCCACUGUGCAGUCCACGGUGCAGAACAACCUCGACGCAUACUUCAACUUUUACGACGACAACAUGGCGCGGUAUGAGGCCAGCCGGAUGUGCCGCUUCGUGCGCUUGGUAAACUGCAUGAUGCGCUCUCAGCUGCGCGAGCUCACGAUGGCGUCGCUUGAGUCGUACACUGCAUACCUUGAGAAGUAUGUCGUCGUGUGCGCCAACGCUGCUGACUCCGACGACGCGGCGGCGGCGAUUGUGAAGGUGCUGCCGGAGGAUGUGGCAGAGCGGGCGUACUGGGCGGAGCGCAUUGCCCAGCUCGAGGCGCGUCAAGCCGCGGAGAAGGAGCGCAGGGCGGCGGAGCAGAAGGUCGCACCAAAGAAGCGGCGCAGCAACACUGCCGCCGCAGCGGCGCCAAAUGGCGAGGCCGAGGAGGCAUCGUCUGAGCACCUCCUCUGGUGUCUCGGCACACCUCCGGUGACAGAGUCGUUAACGCAGCGUGUUGUGCAGCUCAUCCAGCGUAUCAAUGGGCUGCGGCCGCUAUUCUACACGAAGCUUGUGGUGGCAUCUCCGUUGUCCUCGAAGCCACCGCUGCAGCGCUCCUCCCAGGUCGCCGGCGACGACGAGGGCGAUGCAGCGGAGUGCGCCAUUGUGCUAGACCCGCCGGUGGACGAAAUCGAGCGCUGCGUGCUGCGUGUGGUUGCUCGCUGCCUCGAGCACAGCAACGAGGUGGCGGCCAUGGGCGACCAGUUGUUCCCAUUACUGGAGAUGGCGCCGGCGUAUCUGCGUCCACUCGGCGCCGACGAGACCGAAGUGGUCGCGGUGCGGGAGCGCGUGUUGGCAGUGCUUCGCGGCAACCGGGACGCGCCUCUCCAGCUCGUGCAGAUGUACAGGGAAUUUGAAUACUUGGCUACGGCAAAUGUGGAGGAGGUCAUCCAGGCGACGCUGGAGCACGUCGAGGCCCUUGAGGAGGUGGAUCUUCUGCUGGAGCGGCUGAGCCGCGACCGUCGUCGUCUCGGGGAGCGCACGCCGAACACUGUCACCUUCGAGCUGUACGCAGUGGACUGCUGCGAGCUGAAGGCGGCGCUGACCGCCAGGGCAGUGCAGCUGCAGCAGGCGCUGCUGGAGGCAGUGGCCACGCGACUCGCCGAGGAAUGCGCCGGCGUGCUCAGCGCGUACGAGGCCAUCAAUGCCGAGCUCACUGUGGAGCCGACGACGCCGGAGGAGCUGCAGACGAUGCGGGCCGCCCUCGCCGCCGUGGCGGCGCGCGAGGCGGCGAUCCAAGUAAUCUUCCAACAUGUGACGGAGGGCAACGAACUCCUGCUCCGGUACGGCUACCUCGUGCCGCAUGACGAGUUUGUGCACUACUGGGAGGCGUACGAGUGGCCCAAGAGGCUGGCACAGUUCGUGGAGGACCGCAACUUCCGCGCCAAGGAGUACCGCGCCGUCUUCAUCCAGCAGCUGCGUGAAAACAGCGAGCAGCAGGCGUACGCGAUCAUGCAGCUGGCCGCCAGCGUGGAGGACUUCACCCACCUUUGCGACGACGCGCGGGCGGAGGAGUACUACGAGCGGGCCCGCGCUAUCGAGGAGUCCAUUCAGUCCAGCAAGGCAUCUGCCGCCCUGUACGGGCGCCACGAGGAGCUCUUUGGGAUGACGGUCACGACGUACCCGCAGCUGACGGAGAUACAGCAGCUCUUCGAGCCGUACUUUGCGCUGUGGGAGGUGGUUUACCAUUUCAACGCCGAGACGGAGCGCUGGAUGAGCACCAAGAUCGCGACGUUGAACCCAAGAGACGUGGAUCAGAAGGUCUCGGAUUGGGCGAAGCGCGUGGCGGCGCUGUCGAGGAAGAUCAAGGAGCCGGAGGCGAUCGAGGUGGCACGGCAACUGCGGGCGAACAUCGAGCAGUUCAAGCCCCUCGUGCCGCUGCUCUAUGCCCUGCGCAGCCACCUGCAGGCGGGCCACUGGCGCGCCAUUUAUCAACAGUGCGGCAUCCCGCGUGACCAGCAGGGUUUCGGCCCCGGCGGGGUCGACAACAAUGACCAGCGCACCCUCUCCGACUUUGUGCAGCUGGGCAUGAUGGAUCACCUUACAUCGAUCGAGAGCGUCGCAUCGGUGGCGCAGAAAACGUACGAGUUGGAGUCGGAGUUGAUGAACAUGGUGACGGAGUGGAAGCGGCUGGUCUUCGAGAUGGAGCCGUACCAGGACACGUUCAAGCUCAAGGCGAACGAUGCCAUGCAGCUUACCUUGGACGAGCACAUUCUCAAGACACAGUCGAUGCUGGGCAAGCCCACGGUGCGGCAGACUCCUGCCCUGCAGGCACGCGUCACCCAGUGGUCCGACCAGCUGAACAACACGCAGAGCACCAUGGACGAGUGGUUCCGCUGCCAGAGCACGUGGUCUUACCUGGAGCCGAUCUUCGUCUCGGCUGACAUCUCGCGUAGUCUGCCGGCGGAAAAAAAGAUGUUCGUGGAGAUCGAUGAUACGUGGCACGCCGUCAUGGCCCGCACCCGCGCCACCCCCCAGAUCAUUACCCGCUGCCAGGAUGACAGCCUCUACAAGACCCUCAGCAGCGCCAACACGAACCUCGAGGAGAUCCUGCGCAAGCUGCAGCAGUUCCUCGAGACGAAGCGUAUGGCGUUUCCGCGGUUCUACUUUAUUUCGAACGAGGAGCUGCUGCAGAUCCUGUCCGACAGCCGUGACCCGUACCUCGUGCAGCCGUACCUGUGCAAGUGCUUCGAGGGCAUCAAGACCCUGACCUUCGCCGACCACCACGACAUGGUCGGCAUGGAGUCGGCGGAGGGCGAGCGGGUGCGCUUUGUACGCACCGUCAACCCCAGCGACCACCACAACCAGGUGGAGCUGUGGCUGCAGGCUGUGGAAAACGCCAUGAAGGCGACGAUACGCGAUCAGCUGCAGCAGGCCAUCGGUGACUACACGCAGCGCAAGCGGACGGAGUUUAUCCGGGCGUGGCCGGGGCAGGUCGUCAUCGCCGUUUGCUGCUUUUUUUGGACAAUGGAGGCGACACAGGCGAUGGUGGCGGAUGGCACGGUGGGGCUGACGACGUACUAUGAGAAGUGCGCGCGGCAGCUGGACGACUUGAUCCUGCUCGUGCGUGACAGCGGCCUCGGCAACGUGGCGCGGUGCACCCUUGAGGCGCUUGUCGUCAUUGAGGUGCACGCCAAAGACAUUCUGCGCAUGCUUGGCGAGAAGGGCGUCGAAUCGCCGUCGAGCUUUGACUGGCUGGCGCAGCUGCGGUACUACUGGGAGGGCGAGGAGGACAAUCAACAGCUGACGGUGCAGCAGAUCAACGCCUCGCUGCGGUACGGCUACGAGUACCUUGGCAACACGGGCCGCCUCGUCAUCACACCGCUGACGGAUCGGUGCUACCGCACACUCAUUGGGGCGCUGCACCUGAACUACGGCGGUGCGCCGGAGGGGCCGGCCGGCACCGGCAAGACAGAGACCACGAAGGACCUCGCCAAGGCGCUAGGCAAGUACUGCGUCGUGUACAACUGCUCCGACCAGAUCUCGGCCAAGGAUAUGGCGAAAUUGUUCAGGGGGCUGACGCAGGCCGGCGCGUGGGGCUGCUUCGAUGAGUUCAACCGUAUCGAGAUCCAGGUGCUGUCAGUGAUUGCGCAGCAGAUCGCGACGAUUCAAGAGGCAAUCAUUCAGAAGCGUCCCGAGUUCAUCUUCGAAGGGGCCCAGAUCCGGCUGGACAGCGGGUGUGCCGUGUUCGUGACGAUGAACCCCGGCUACGCCGGCCGUGCGGAGCUGCCGGACAACCUGAAGGCGCUCUUCCGGCCUGUGGCGAUGAUGGUGCCGAACUACGCCAUGAUCGGCGAGAUUCAGCUCUACUCGUACGGCUUCCUGCACGGCAAGGUCCUCUCGGAGAAGAUCGUGGCGACAUACCGGCUGUGCUCGGAGCAGCUCUCCUCGCAGGACCACUACGACUAUGGCAUGCGCGCUGUGAAGGCGGUGCUGACAGCGGCGGGGCGGCUGAAGCGGGCGUACCCGAUGGAGGAUGAGAUGGUGCUCAUGCUGCGCUCCAUCCAGGACGUCAACCUGCCGAAGUUUCUGUCGCAGGAUGUGGGGCUGUUCAGAGGCAUCGUAUCGGACCUCUUCCCAGGGGUGCAGCUGCCGGUGCCGGACUACGACGACAUGCACAACGCCCUCGUCGCCGUCGCCGCGCAGGACAACCUGCAGCUAACCACGUACUUCGAGGAGAAGAUCUGCCAGACGUACGAGAUGAUCUGUGUUCGCCACGGUAUGAUGCUGGUCGGCUACUCGUACGGAGGCAAGACAAAGGGGCUGCAGUCGCUCGCUGCCGCGCUGGAGGUGAUGGAGCAGACAAACAAGUCGGAGCACCGCGCUCGCAUGGCCAUCAUUAACCCCAAAUCCGUCACCAUGGCACAGCUGUACGGCAAAGUCGAGCUGUCCGGUGAGUGGACGGACGGCAUCCUUUCAAGCCGCUUUCGCCAACUCGCACAGGACACGUCGGAGGACCGCGUGUGGCUCGUGCUGGACGGUCCGGUGGACGCGGUGUGGAUCGAGAACAUGAACACAGUGCUGGACGAUAACAAGAAGUUGUGUCUGCAAAACGGAGACAUCAUUCCAAUGCCGAAGCGGAUGAACUUGAUCUUCGAGGUACAGGACCUGGCGCACGCGUCCCCCGCCACGGUGUCGCGGUGCGGUAUGGUGUACGUCGAACCGCACUCGCUGGGCUGGGCCUGCCUGCUGGAGUCGUUCUUCAACACGCUGCCGCCGUUUAUGACAGAGACGCCGCAGCUGGCCGACACGCUGCGCUUCCUCAUCGACGUUAUCAUGGCUGACAUGCUCGAGGUGACGCGCAAGCGCGCCCGCUCAAUCGUGCCGCAGAGCGCGAACACGCUCGUGGCGAGCUGCGCGAAGCUGCUUUCAUCCUUCAUGCACGGCUUCGACGAGGAUGCGGCGAUAGCGCAGACGGGCGGUGAUGAGCGGGUGCACAUGCGCAACAUGGUCAUGCGGGUGGAGGGGUGGUUUCUCUUCUCGCUGGUGUGGUCCGUCGGUGGAUGCCUGGAGCACAAGGAUCGUGAGAUAUUCAGCGCCGCCUUGCACAAACUCCUCGCGGCCCUGCCAGAGCGCCACGGUAGCCGGCACAGCUUCACGCUGGCGUUGCCAGAGGCGACAACCUCGUUUUACGAGGUCCGCUUCGAGGACGGCGCGGAGGUGCGCUUGGUGAGCUGGAUCGAUCUGAUGCCCGAGCUGACAAUACAGGCGGAGAGCGAGUACCAGGACAUCAUCGUGCCAACGACGGAGACGGUCAAGUACUCCUUUCUCAUGGAGCUCAUGGUGCGUCACAUGCACCCGGCGCUGCUUGUCGGCGACACGGGCACCGGCAAGACCAUCCUGAUGAAGGCGCUGCUGCGCGGCCUGCCGAAAGACGGUUACUCUGUCAACUUGAUCCAGUUUUCCGCGCAGACCUCCGCCGGCCACCUGCAGCGCCUCAUCGACAGCAACUGCGAGAAGCGCCGAAAGGGCUUUUACGGGCCACCAAUCAACAAGAAGAUGAUCAUCUUCAUCGAUGACACCAACCUGCCUCAGCUUGAGGAGUACGGAGCGCAGCCGCCCAUCGAGCUGCUCCGGCAGUACCUCGACCACGGGGGCUGGUACCAGCACAGUAAGGACGGUGUCGAGUUCCGUCACUUGGUGGAUGCGCUGCUUCUGUGCGCUAUGGGGCCGGCGGGCGGCGGUCGAAACGACAUCACGCAGCGCUUUAGCCGCCACUUCAACGUCUUCAGCGUACCAUCCUUCAACGAGGCGACGCUGAAGACGUUGUUUGGGCGCCUAUCGGAGUGGAUCUUCUCCCGCAACUUCCCGAGCGCGCUGCGCGGGAUGAGUGCGCCGCUGGUGGCCGCUACGGUGGAGCUGUACACGAUCCUAGUCGACAACCUCAAACCCUCGCCGGAGCGCUCGCACUACACCUUCAACCUGCGCGACGUGAGCAAGGUGUUCCAGGGCAUGGACAUGACCUACGCCCCAGGCAUCAAGGAUGAGAUGUGCCUGGCGCAGCUCUGGAUGCACGAGGUGUCGCGUGCUUUCGCUGAUCGCUUCAUUGACGACGCCGACACGCACUGGUUCCAUGAACAGGCGAGCCGGACAUGCCUAAAGCACCUCAAGUUGGAUAUCCGCCCGACCAUGGAGGACGGCAGCCCCCUCCUCUUCUCCUCACUCGCCAACGAUGACGGACGCUACGAGCAGCUCACCGACAUUGCCCACGCCCGGUCAACACUGGAGCGUAAGCAGGAGUUCUACAAAACCGCAACCCGCAGUGGCGAGCUGAACCUUGUCAUCUUCAACUACGUGCUUGAGCAUGUCGCCCGCAUCAGCCGUGUCCUGCAUCAGCCCGGCGGCCACGUGUUGCUGAUCGGCGUCGGGGGCAGCGGGCGUCGCAGCUGCGCCCGCCUCGGCGCCUUCAUCCAGGAGUGCGACUACCGGACGACGACGCCGGCGAAGGACUACGACCACAGCGACUUCCUUGACGACAUCCGCCAACUCCUCCUGCAGACGGGGCAGAAGGGGUACUCGACGGCGUUCGUGCUGGCCGACUCGCAGAUCAUCUCCGAGACGUUCCUUGAGGACAUCUGCAGCCUGCUGAACACCGGGGAAAUCCCUGGGCUGUGGGACACAAAGCAGGACCGCGAGGUCUACGAUAACGCUGUUGCCUCGCUGCGCGAUGUCGGCCGUGCGCUCGGGCGACCCGACACGACGGAGGCGCUGCAGGAGCUCUUCGUCGAGCGGUGCCGGAAGCACCUACACGUAGUGCUGUGCUUCUCGCCGCUUGGCUCGAUGCUGCGCGAGCGGCUGCGCAAGUUUCCUUCCCUCGUGAACUGCACGACGAUUGACUGGUUCCAGGACUGGCCCGAGGACGGCCUUCACUCUGUCGCCGCGCGCUUUCUCGACGACGUCGACCUCUCGGAGGAAGAGCGGACGUCCAUUCGGCAGAUCUUUGUGCAGUACCAGCAACAGGUGCGCGAACUCAGCGUGAAAUACCGUGCCGAGGCGCGGCAGCAGACCUAUGUCACCCCCACGUCCUACCUCGACCUCCUCUCCACAUUCGGCCGGAUGCUGACGUGCAGGCGGCAGGAUCUCACUUCGCAGCGAGACCGCUACGUGAAUGGGCUGCGGCAGCUGAAGAAGACGGAGGACCAGGUUGAGGUGAUGCAGCAGGAGCUGGCGCUGCUGAAGCCAGAGCUAGCAACAAAGCAGGCGGAGACGAGUGAGCUCAUUCGCCGGGUGGAGGAGGAGAGCAAGGCUGCGGAGGAGCAGAAGGCCAUCGUGGCGGUGGACGAGGCGGCGGCGAACGCGCAGGCGACGGCGGCGAAGAAGAUCAAGGAUGCCUCGCAGGAGAAGGUCGACGAGGCGCAGCCGCUGGUGGAGCAGGCACAGCGGGCCGUGCUGGACCUCGAUCCGAAGGUGCUGCAGGAGGUGAAGGCACUCAAGACGCCGCCGAAGGGUGUGAAGUAUGUGAUUGAGGUGCUGUGCACGUUGCUCGGCGGUGUCUACAAGCCGAAGCCGAUCCGCGACGCGCUCACCGGCAAGACGAGCGUGCCCUACUGGGAGCACGCGAAGGUGACCCUACUGACGGCCGAUUUCAAGAACACGCUGCUCAACGCGUACUCGGACAUCGUUGACAACGCGCCAAACGCGCAGAUCGAGGAAGUAAAGAAGAAGAUGACGGACGAGAUGUUCAAGAUGGAAAACAUCCGCAAGACCAGCGUGGCGCUCGUCGGCGUCGCGACGUACAUCAAGGCUGUGGUAGAGUACUACAAGCAGAACAAGGUCAUCAAGCCACUGUUAGCGCAGGCGGCGGCGGCACAGGCCGAGUACGACGAGGCGAUGAUCGGGCUGCAUGCCAAGAAGGAGGAGCUGCGCAUCAUCACGGAGAAGCUGCAGGCACUGACGGAUCGCCUCGACGGGGUGAACCGGGCCAAGCAGGAGCUCGAGAACCGCGUCCGCGACACGGACACGAAGCUGACGCGUGCGAAGAAACUGAUCGAGGGCCUCGGCGGCGAGAAGGCGCGCUUCGCCCACGAGUCGAAGCGCUACGAGGAGGAGCUCUUGUACGUUGUUGGCAACGUCGUCGUCAGCGCCGGCAUCGUCGCGUACAUGGGGCCGUUCCUGCACAACUACCGCAUGCAGAUCAUCGGUAAGUGGCGCGACAUGUGCGAGGCGCAGCAGCUGCGCGUGUCGGCUGACUACACCUUCGAGAAGUUCUGCGGCAACUCGAUCCACAUUCAGGAGUGGAAGCUGCAGCAGCUGCCCUCUGACCCCUUCUCCGUCGACAACGCCGUCAUCCUGAGCAACUCGAAUCGGUGGCCGCUGAUGGUGGACCCGCAGCAGCAGGCGAACCGCUGGAUCCGCAGCCGCGAACGCGACAGCGGCCUCGUCGUCGUGCGCCUCUUUGAGAAGGAUUACCUGCGCACGAUCCGGCAGGCCAUAAUGGACGGCCACCCGGUGCUGCUGGAGAACGUUGAGGAAACGCUCGAUCCGAUGCUGGAGAACUUGCUGCUGAAGCGGAUCACCAAGGAAGGGUCGAUGUGGGUCAUGCACCUCGGCGAGGCGGUGGAGUGGAACGAGAAAUUCCGCUUCUACAUAACGACGAAGCUGCCGCGGCCGCACUACCUACCCGAGGUGAGCGCGAAGGUGACUCUCAUCAACUUCCGCAUCACCGAGCAGGGUCUGCAGGACCAGCUGCUGCAGCGCGUUAUGUUGUCUGAGCGGCGCGAGGUGGAGGAGAAGAAGCAGGCGCUGACGCUUGAGGCCGCCGCCAACCAGGCCGGCCUCAAGGCGACGGAGGACCGCAUCCUCGCCAUCUUGUCCACCGAAGGCAACAUCCUUGAGAGCGAAGCGGCCAUCGAGGAGCUCGACAGCUCGAAGGAGCAGAGCGACCGCAUCGAGAAGCGGCAGGAGGAGAUCGACGCGAUGGAGCGCAUCAGCGACCGCACCCGAAACCUCUUCGUGCCGGUGGCGCACCUCGGCGCCAUCCUCUUCUUCUGCGUCACUGAGCUGGCGAACAUCGACCCCAUGUACCAGCACUCGCUCCAGUCGUACAUGGUCAUAUUUCAGGAGGCGCUGGCGAGCAGCGCCAGAUCGAGCAAGGUGGAGGAGCGCACGGAUGCGAUCAACACCACCUUCAAGCGAAGUCUGUACCAGCGUAUCUGUCGCGCCCUCUUCGCGCGCGACCAGCUCCUCUUCUCCUUCAUUAUGUCACUGAAGAUGUUCGCCGUGGAUGCGGUGCUGCUGCGCUGGCUGCUGACCGGCGGCACCGAGGAGGACGAACGCGCCGCUGCCGUGGAGAAUCCGUUCACGUGGAUGGCAGAGCCGAGUUGGCGGCUGCUGCAGCGGGCGAGCACGCAGCUGUCCGGCUUCGAGAACCUCAUCGAGGAUGUGCGGCAGAACGAGAUGUUCUUCAUGGACUACUACGAGUCGUCGAGCCCACUGGAGCUAAAGCUGCCCGGGGAGCUGCAGAGCAUGCCGAGCAUCGCGAAGAUGGUGCUGGUGCGGUGCCUACGCAUGGACAAGGUAGUUCCCGCCAUCCGCGCGUACGUUUUCGAGACACUGGGUGAAUUCUUUGUGGAGCCGCCGCUCUACGCGCUGGAGACAGUCGUGGAGGAGCUCGCUUACGACCCGUCCGUGCCGAUCAUUCUUGUGCUUUCGCCCGGCGCCGAUCCCAACGCCGAGCUGGACCGCGUCGCCGAGCUGCGAGGCAUGUUUCCGAACAAGCUCUUCAAGCUGUCCCUUGGCCAGGGCCAAAACGUGCCGGCCUGCGCCCUCAUCGAAGCGGGUACGAAGAGCGGCCACUGGGUGCUCCUGCAGAACUGCCAUCUCUACGCCGACUUCAUGCCGCAGCUGUCGCGCAUGAUCGAGGACUACAGCGACGUCGCGGCGAAGGAGCGGCUGCACCGCGACUACCGGCUGUGGCUGACAUCUCUGCCAAGCGAGGUGUUCCCGGUCGCGAUUCUGCAGAACGGCGUCAAGCUGGUGCAGGAGCCGCCGAAGGGGCUCAAAAGCAACCUCAUGCAGUCGUACCUCUCCGACCCCGUGGCGGACGCCGAGUUCUUUGGGGCCGCCCGCAUGCCGGAGGUGUGGCACAAACUGCUCUUCGGACUGUGCUUCUUCCACGCGGUGGUGCAGGAACGUCGGCAAUACGGGCCGCUCGGCUGGAGCCGCCCGUACGAGUUCAACGACACGGAUCGCCGCAUCAGCGUGCGCCAGCUGCAGAUGCUCCUGAAUGAGAACGAGCUCGUGCCGUACGAGGCGCUUCUGUAUCUCAUCGGCGAGUGCAACUACGGCGGACGUGUGACAGAUGACUGGGACCGGCGUUGCCUGCUGGCCACGCUCGAGGUCUACCUCACCCCGUCCAUCCUAGAGGACAACUACGUCUUCUGCGACGACGCGCAGGAGUAUUUUGCGCCGCCGUUUGGGGAGUACAGCACCUACCUCGCCUACAUCCAGUCCCUGCCUGCGCAGCAGCCUCCCACUGUCUUCGGUUUGCAUGAGAACGCCGACAUCACGAAGGACGAACGGGAUGCUCGCUUCCUGCUCGACGCCACCCUCAGCACGCAGCCGCGCGACGCGGCACCGGCGGCCGGCAGCAGCAGCGGUGGUGGCAACGAGGCAGAUCCCAAGACGAUGGUGAAGACGCUGGCCGCGGAUGUGCUGCACCGCCUGCCGCCACUCUUCGACAUUGAGGCAAUCCAGGCCCGCUACCCGAUCGACUACGCCCAGUCCAUGAACACGGUGUUGCUGCAGGAGGCGAUACGCUACAACCGUCUCCUCGCCGUCGUGCGCGCCUCGCUGGCGGAUGUGCAAGAUGCCAUCAGCGGUAAAGUGGUAAUGAGCAGCGAGCUGGAGCAGGUGUUUAUCAGCAUGUACGACGGCAAAGUGCCGGAGGUUUGGAAGCGCCGUUCCUACCCUUCGCUGAAGCCGUUCGGUGCGUACGUCAGUGACCUCAUCGCGCGCCUGCAGUUCCUGCGCACAUGGUACGAGGCGGGGCCACCGCCACUGUUCUGGUUGAGUGGCUUCUUCUUUACACAGUCUUUCCUGACGGGUGUGACGCAGAACUACGCCCGCAAGCACAAGAUCGAGAUCGACAAGCUUGUGUGGGAGUUCACGGUCAUGCCGGCCUCGGCAGAGACCUUCACUGAGACCCCGGAGGAUGGCUGCUACGUGCACGGACUUUUUCUUGAAGGGGCUGACUGGUCGUACGACGGCGGUGUCCUCGCGGAGAGCAAGCCGAAGGAGUUGUAUGUCGCCUUUCCAGUGCUGAAGCUGUCGCCCGCGCUGCCGGAGGAGGUGGUGCAGUGCCCCAUCUACCACUGCCCUUGCUACAAGACGACCGACCGCCGCGGCGUGCUCUCGACGACGGGGCACUCGACCAAUUUUAUCCUUACCGUAAACCUCCCCCGCGACACGCAUGAGUCGGAGAGCCACUGGGUGCUGCGCGGCACGGCGCUCUUCACGCAACUCGAGUACUAG